GAAGUUUAAAUUUGGUGAAUCACUGCCCAGUAACGCGUAAACAUGGCUGACAAUUUUUCAGCGACAUUGAUUUGAGAGAAGAACACGGGGCUACCAAUCAUCGUACCCUUACACAUCGCGCAACGAGCAGUGUAAAGUUUAAGGAUGGAUUACCACCAAGAUUACGACGAAGUCGAUGCACCUCUACGACAGAGAAAGCCUAAAGCAAAGACUUCAUUUCAGAGGGAACUGGAUGCUACAAUCAAACAAAGAAGAAACUUGGGCCUGGCAGCUGAUGUCACAACCAGUGAAGGGAGUGGUGAAGAAGAUGAGCUAAUAAGACAAUACACACAAAACCAUUCAACAACGUCUCCUUCACGGCAACGUCCUGGCUCUGCCAAAAAAAGGCCGCAGAGGCAACUGGAUACCAUGCCAAACUUGGAUGAAACCUUGCGACCCAGAGAUGCUGGUAACAUUUUGGGACGGGGUGGUCGAGACGAUCACCGGGGCGUUCGAGAUGAUCACCUUGAUCAAGAAGUAGCUAGUUAUGCCAACAGGAACCUGCCGAACGUAGGUCGGAAAACGCCGUCCCCACGGUCGGACUCGCUGCUUGGUAGGAAAACUCCCACUGGUAAGAAGACACCAACAAAUGAAGGCCUGACGAAGGAAGACAUCAUCUUUGGUCGGAAGACGCCCACACAAGGAGGGCUGCCCGACAGUCUCAGCAAGAAGCCAUGGACUCCUCCAACAUAUCAGAAGCCGGCUGAGAUGGAGUCGGGAAACAGAACUCCUUCUCCAGCUGGCUCCCGAGGCCGAAACACUCCUUCCUCACUGCUUGAUCCCAUAUCGGAGAGCACAACCCCCCGAGGGGGUCCUAGGUCCUCGGCCACCACGCCCAGGGGCGAUGGCAGGUCCAAACCUCGUCUCACUCGGCAACCCAGCACUGGCAGUGAUAAAUCUCCCAGGCAGCUGUCCAUUGAGACAUCUCCCCGGUCUGACCGACCUACUGUACUGCCGCGUGGGAGAGGACAUGAGGGCGAAGGUCUGAGAGGAAGGACUACUCCAACCAUGGACCUUUUUGGUAAAACUCGACAAGAUGCUCAACUUGAUGAAGUUGAAAAACCGGAAAAGCAGCCACGAUUUAGGCGAAGCAGCGGAGAUGGUCGUAAGACUCCGCCAGGGAGAUCUGGGAUCAGUGGUAGGAAAACCCCAGAGAGAACUUUAUCAGGGAGGAAAACACCGGAGAGCCUGGCCAAAAUUGAUGGUAGAAAGACUCCAACAGGUGGAAAGAAAUUCACAGGGCGCAAGACUCCCACAGAGGAGCGAGAAGUGGAGGAGAAGAAGCCAGAGAAGAAGCCAGAGAAGUCCCUCCUCGACUUCCUGACAGAGGACACAACACCUAAACCUGAGCCGAGGCAGAGGAGGAAGAGCAAGCCGGGGCUCUCGAAGGAGGGCUCUGGAGACUCCAUCAGCAACGAGAUAAUGCAAGACUUUCGCCGCUCUCCUCCGCCGAUGCGCUCAACGAAUCAGUUCCGAGGGAGGCGAGAUCAGAGCCCUGACAAGAGCUCGGUGUGUGAAGAGUUGGAGCGAGAACCAGGGUCAAGGUCAAGGUUAGGGUCAGCAGGAGAGGAAGAAGGCAGCAGGACAAGGAAGUCCGGCAAUCAAACAUCCGCACAUCAGGCUCUGGACAGUGCUAUCACCAAGGUGGCAGGUGCCCAGGAUAAGAGUAUGGCAUUCAUAGAUCCAGAGUCACAGAGGAAGAAUAGUGUGAAGAAGACUGAAGGAAAAGAACGAAAACAAAAGCCCAAGCCGCGGUACGCCACCAUGCCAGGGGAGACAACUCCAACCAGUGAAAUCAACUUUGAGGAUACAGCCAGUAUCAGGAAGGGGAUCUAUGACCAGUGGUACCAGCAGCGGAUGGAAACGGCAAAGAAGGCCUUGGUGGAGAAGAAGAAGCAAGAGAAGGAAGAGGAAGAGAAGAAGAAAAAGGCCAAGGAGGAGAAGGACACUGAGGCCAAGCUGUCUUAUCAGGCCUGGGUCGACCAGAAGAAAGGCACCUACUUUAAAGACAAACAGAAGCAGAAGAGACAAGAAGAGAUGAAAAAAGAGAAAGAUCGACAAGAACAGGAAACCAAAAGGGCAGAUGCUAAAAAAUUGUUUGAAACAUGGAAAGUGCAGAAAGACAAUACACUUGUGCAGAAGGCGAGGAAACAGAGGAAUUUAGAAGAGGAGAAGAAGCAGAUUGAAGAGGAGGAGAAGGAUAUGAAGAGACAGACCUCACAGACGGCAUUCAGGGGAUGGAAAGCCAAGAAAGAUGUCGUCUUGACAAAGCAAGCCAGAGAGGAGAAAGUAAAGAAGAGGAAUCAGGCUAAAGAUGAGGAAUAUGAUAAGAUAACGCGAGAUGAAGAGGCCAUGGAUCGUUAUCAAGAGUGGCUCAGGGAAAAGGAAAAGAGAGACAAACAGAAUCGACAGCAGGUCACCUUGAGGUCAGAGGAGGACUACAAGCCAGCAUGGAGCCCAGCAAACAGGACCAUCCCCUUCGGACGCUGACCCCCGGCCGUUCGGUCGUGUAGGAGGGCAUUUGGAGGGGAACACUCAGUGCACAUGCCCUCUAUAACAUAGAGGCACACUCAUUGCAGUGUCAGAAAUCAAGCAUGGGGCUCUUGUCAUUGCAUAGCUGCCAACUGUCCCACAUUUUCGUAUUUGUUAGGAAGUUGGAUCUAAAAUAUAAUUUCUUCCUUUGUUUAUACAAACAAUAUGACAAUCUUUGGAAAGAAAAUUACAAGGACUAAAUUUUCAUUUAUAUCAGUAAAGAGAGGGUAGUUAUAUGUUACACUGCUACGAACACCUCUUCUUUGUCGACUGGUAUGAAGUCUAUUUAUAAUGUUGCAUCUGUCCAAUUGAGACAUACUAUCAGAAGUUGCUGUCGUCGAAAUAGAAACAAAGUAAUAAUAUCAUCAACUGAUUUUCGGAAUCACAUGGACAUGGCACUAUUGUAGAUGGUUCAUAUCUUUGGUGUCUCGACAAGAAGAUCGCAACUAAAUACUGAUGGUAUUUUGGGGAAGUUGGCAGCUGUGCACUAAUGUUAAAGGUUAAGGAUACUUGGGUACACAGAAUCAAAUACUAUCGAUGCAAACCUCAGAGCCCUCCAGAUCCCCCUCAACUUUCGAGGGGCAUGGGGGGCCCAGUCGUCUAAGGCGCCACGAUUUGCUGUGCAGAGUUGCGUCCCUUGGGCACGCCAGAAACCUAUGAUUGUGGGUUUGAAUCCCGGUUCGCCCCGAUUAUGUUUCCAGGU